CAACAGCCUGGCCCCGAGGUCGGGCGGCUCGGCGAGGCUGCUGCACCUACGGGAGACCUGCCCGGCGUCCGUCCCAAUUACGGGUGGGACCGUGGGCACGGCCUGGCGCCGCAGCUCCUCCGCCCUCGGCCCCGAAAGGUAUUGACUGAUGCUACCUGGAUGAAUUUGGCCAUCUUCUAGGAGACUUGAAUAUUAAAUUUCUGUAAGCAUAUGAACCAGUUCUCUCUUGUUGGAAGCCAUGCUGAAAUUCCGAGAGGCUGCUAAGUAUGCGAAUGAAUCAAUAGCCAUUUCUACUUAUCCAAAGACUUUGAUUGCAAGAAGAUAUGUGCUUCAACAAAAACUUGGUAGUGGAAGUUUUGGGACUGUCUAUCUGGUUUCAGACAAGAAAGCAAAACAAGGAGAGGAAUUGGAAUUAUGGAAAAAAGCAUACAUAUUACUAUGUAUGGAAAUAUGUUUUCAUAAUUUGGUGGGAGAAGAAAGAGAGAGGAGAAAGGUACUGAAGAAAAUCUCUGUUGGAGAACUUAAUCCGAAUGAGACUGUGCAGGCCAAUGUGGAGGCCCAGCUCCUUUCCAAGCUGGACCAUCCAGCUAUUGUCAAGUUCUACACCAGCUUUGUGGAGCAAGAUAAUUUCUGCAUUAUUACGGAGUACUGCGAGGGUCGAGACCUGGACUGUAAAAUUCAGGAAUAUAAAAAAGCUGGCAAAACCUUUCCAGAAAGUCAAAUAAUAGAAUGGUUUAUCCAGCUAUUGCUAGGAGUUGACUACAUACAUGAAAGGAAGAUACUUCAUCGAGACUUGAAAUCGAAGAAUAUAUUUCUGAAAAACAAUCUGCUUAAAAUUGGAGAUUUUGGAGUUUCUCGACUCCUAAUGGGAUCCUGUGAUCUAGCUACCACUUUAACAGGAACUCCACAUUACAUGAGUCCGGAGGCUCUGAAACACCAAGGCUACAACACAAAGUCGGACAUCUGGUCUCUGGCAUGCAUUUUGUAUGAGAUGUGCUGCAUGAAUCAUGCAUUCACUGGCUCCAAUUUCUUGUCCAUUGUUUUAAAAAUUGUUGAAGGUGACGCGCCUUCUCUCCCCAAGCAAUAUCCAAGAGAAUUGAAUGCCAUCAUGGAAUGCAUGUUGAACAAGAGUCCUUCGCUAAGACCAUCUGCCAUAGAAAUUUUAAAAAUCCCUUACAUUGAUGAACAACUACAGCACCUGAUGUGUAGAUACUCGGAAAUGACUCUGGAAAACAAGAAUUUGAAUUGUCAGAAGGAAGCUGCACAGAUAAUUAAUGCCAUGCAGAAAAAGAUCCACCUGCAGACUCUGCGGGCACUGUCUGAAGUGCAGAAAAUGACACCGAGAGAAAGGAUGCGGCUGAGGAAGCUCCAGGCAGCUGAUGAGAAGGCCAGGAAGUUGAAAAAGCUUGCAGAAGAAAAAUAUGAAGAAAAUAACAAACGAUUGCAAGAGUUGAGAUCUCGGAACUACGGGCAGCUGACUGUUGAUGUACUCCAUGAAUUUGAUGACCUGACUUCAGAGAACCUACCUGAAUCUCAGCCCAUUCCUUCCUUGGACCUUGACCCACUUGAAUCAAGUAUAGAAGACACCUUAACUGACCUUGGAGAUCAUGAGAUCCCGGAAGACCCGCUUGUGGCUGAAGAGUAUUAUGCUGAUGCGUUUGAUUCCUGUUCUGAAGAAAGUGAGGAGGAGGAAGAAGAAAUAAUGUUCUCAGCACCGGAGGAAGAGGUCAAGGACGAGGGACCCCGGCCUGCUCACAGAAUAUUCCAACAGGACAGCGAUAUCGAAGCACUGGUCAGGUGUUUGGAAAAUGUCCUGGGUUGCACCUCUCUAGACACAAGGACCAUGACCAGCACAGCUCCAGACAUGUCCCCGGGACCAGCAACAUUCAACAGCACAGGGGCCAGGACCAAGAUGAAACACAUGAAGGAGUCACAAGACAUGGAUUCCAUCUUGCUUUCUCUUGGAUCACUCACUCUGAAGGAAGCGGCCACCAUGUCUCGAGGACACCCAAGCAACUUUAUGGAGACGUCUAUCUGGCGUAAAAUUGAGGCUUCUGCCAAUAGCCAGCACCAAGUUGAGCCACCUGGGAAGCAAAUUCUCCAGCCCUAGGCAAGCCAUCAUUUGACUGCAGCCCUUGCUGACGUCUUGACUAAAAGCAUCACAAGAAACCCUGAGCCAGAACCAUCCAGCUAUCAGUGACCCACGGACGCUGAAGGAGUAAGUGUUCACUGUUGUGUAAAUCACUCCAUUUCACAGUAUGAUGCAGUAAUAGAUCACUUAUAGAGCAAAGCUCAGAUUUGGGCUGUUGAGUUUGUCUGCUGUGUUCUGUAGCCAGGGCCAGCCCCCUAAAGAGGUCUCAGCAAAGCGUGGCUUUUGGCUGUGUCAUGGGACUGUGUGGAGGGCAGGUUUGAAUGGGGUGAGGCUGGAGGCAGGGCAAGGAGGCAUUUAGCUGGGGUCCAGGUGAGAAAAGGUGAAGUCAGGGCCUUGUGGAGACAACACAAGGGAACCAGGAGAACUGAGGACUGACUGGGGGGUGUCUGUGAGGACUCCUAGGUUCCUAGCAUGGGUGACUGGGCCAUUCACAGAGCCGGGGAUGCAGGAGCUGCAGGGGGAGUGGGGAAAGAAACACCGAGUCCAUUCCUCGGUGUGUUGGGUGUUCGGGGUGCUUGUGGGGUAUUCAGGUGAAGAGGUCCAGGCAUGAAGCUGGAGGUGUCUGUAAAGUUCUUAUAAUCAAUGGAUCCACCUAAUGAACUCCAGACAACACAGCAGUGGGUAUUUUAAUGCUGGACCUGCAAACAACUAGAGUAGGGCUGCCUUCUGUAGAAUGCCACCUCCUUUAAGGCUGCUGGAUUUGAUUUCAGAUAUGUGAGUGCCCCCCAAUAAUAAUCGCAGCGUCUAGCCCUUUCAGUAAGCCCUAUUAGUAACCCCAACUGGCUUAGCUGACAGCUCUCUGCUGGUGCCAUCUCCUCCCCACUCCUCCAUUGUAUAUCCUUCAAAGUGAGUGGUUCCUCAUCUUGGCUCUGCUUUUGAAACAUCUGGAAAAUUUUAUGAAGAUCAAGUGGAAUAAUUUAAUAUUUUCUGGUAGAUGGUAGAUGCUGGUUGCAGUCUUCUUUCUGCCUGAAAAGUGAGACUAGACCCUUACCUUUUUCUCCCUCUCCCGGACCAAAAGGAUUCUGUCGGUGAAAGGGUUUUGUGAAAUGCAAAGCUUUAUUCAAAUGUAAAUUAUAACCUUUACCUUCAGGAGAAGUCAAAGAUCUUUUUAUUUUUAACUUUUACUAUAGAAAACAUCAAACUGUAUAAAAGUAAAGAGAAUAAUAUAAUAAGCCCUUAUUAUGGAACAUCACUCAAUUUCAGAAAUAAUUCACAGCCAAUCCUAUUUUAUUUCUAUUCUCACCUACUAGCGCCUCACUGGAUUGUUUUUAUCAUAAAUUUAUAAAUAUUUCAGCAUGUAUCUCUGAAAGAUAAUCUUUUUAAAGCAGUAAUACUAUUAUCAUGCUUAAAAAUGAUCAAUAAUUGCUAUCAAAUAUUCAGUCAAUAUUCACAUUUCCUUACUUUUUGUUUCUUCAAAUGAGGGUCCAAAUGAAGCCCAAUUGCUUCAACUGAUAGGUCUCCUCAAACUCUUUUUAUGUAUAGAAUCUACCUCCAUCUCUUUUUUCCCCUUGUAAUUCACUUAUUGAAGAAACCAGGUCAUUGGUCUUGUAGAGUUUCUUUCAGUCUAGAUUUUAUUGGUGGCAUCCUCCUCAUUUAAAAAAAAUAAACUUAAUUUUAAAAAAAGAUUUAUUUAUUUGAGAGAGAGAGCAGGGUGAGAGGCAGAGAGAAAGCAUCCCAAAUAGACUCCCCACUCAGUGCUGAGCCUGACAACAACAGGGCUCAAUCUCAGGACCCUGGGAUCAUGACCUGAGCCGAAACAAGAGUUGGAUGCUCACCGGAUUGGGCCAUCCAGGCGCCCUUAAGCUUUAUUUUUUGUAGCAGUUUUAGAUUUACAGAAAAAGUUGUGAAGAUAGUACAGAGAGUUCCCACAUAAUUCCCCCAGUUUCCCUAUUAUUAAUAUCUUACAUUAGCAUGGUGUGUUUGUUACAAUAAUUGACCGAUAUCCAUACAUUAUUAUUAAUCAAAGUCCAUACUUUAUUUAGAUUUUACCUUAGCUUUCAUCUAACGUCCUUUUUCUGAUCCAGGAUCCUAUCUAGGAGACCACAUUAUUAAAUUUAGUCAUCAGGAAUCCUUAAGGUAUGCUUUGUUGAGACAGUUUCUCAGACUUUACUCAUAGUCAAUGACCUGAACAGUUCUGAGGUGUGGUGGUCAGGUAUUUUGUAGAAUGUCCCUCCAGUGGGGUUUAAUGAUUUUCUCAUGAUUAGACCAGGGUUAUGUCAUUUUGGGAGGAAGACAAGUAACAUGAAAUACCAUAUGCCUCACAUCGUAUCAAGGGUGCAUACUGUCAACAUGAUUUAUUACUGUUGAUGUUGACCUUGACUCACCUGGCUAGACUAAUGUUUGUCAGGUUCCUCCUCAAAGUCACAAAAUUGCUUCCCCCACUCCUUUCCACACUGUCCUCUUUGGAAGGAAGUCAUUAUUUACAGCACACACUUAAGGAGUGGUCAGUUGUGGGACACCUGGGUGGCUCAGUGGUUGAGUAUCUGCCUUCAGCUCAGGUUGUGAUACCGGGGAUCAUGGGAUCGAGUCCUGCAUCAGGCUCCCCACAGAGAGUCUGCUUCUCUCUCUGCCUAUGUCUCUGCCUCUCUCUGUGUGUCUCUCGUGAAUAAAUAAAGGAGUGAUCAGUUGUGCUCCACCUCCUGAGGGACACAGUAUAUGUCGAAAUCAUUUCAAUUCUUCUGCCUGGGAGAUGUCUCUUUCUGCUCAUUUAUUUGCUUCAUUAUUUUUUAAAGUAAGCUCUACACCCAACUUGGGGCUUGAACUCAAACAACCUCCAGGUGUGCUACUGACUGAGCCAGCCAGGUGCCUCUACUUGCGCAUUAUUUAUAUCAGAAUGGAUUUGCAGAUAUUUACUUUAUACUAUGGGUUAUAAUCCAAUACUACUUUAUUUUGUUGCUCCAAUUGUUUCAGCUUUGGCCACUGAGAACUCUUUCAGUUGGUUCUUAAGUCCCUGUCCCUUUGACAUACUCCUGUCAAUAUGGGUUUUUUUUUUCCAUUAAAAAAAAAAAGAUUUCUCACAUCACAAGAUGCUCCAGGUUUAUCAUGUAUCCAUUAGGUAUAUUUCUUGUCCCAGGGCUUGAAUCAGCCAUUUCUCCAAGGAGUCCAGUUCCUUUUAUUAGAAAAUGGUAUUGGAAAUCAAGCUCUGGGUACUGGGUAUGCUUUUUGCUACUGGGGUAUGACUGCUUCUAUCCCCUCACAGCUGACUGAGGAAAUUUGUGGACACUAACCCUUGUAUACACACAUACCUAUGACUAUUUUUAUAUGUAACCAUCUGUAUCUAAGUUAAUCUAAACACAAAUUUAUACUGAUGGCUCCAGCUCUAAUCCACUACCACAUGGAUCAGUUUAGCUUCUUCCUGAUAUUUAAAAGAUGUUCUUUUGUAUUUCUUAUAGAAUUGUAGUUAGAUCCAGAUUCAAGUUCAGGUUAUGACAAGAAUAUUUCAUAGUAGAUGGUGUGUUCUUCUGUCAUGAGGUACAUAAUAUCUGGUUUUCUUUUAGUGAUGUUAGCAGUCAUUGGUGGACAUUUCCUAUGAUCUAUUAAAGUUUAAAAAAUAGUAAAAUUAUGAUUGGCUAUAUCUUUUCUUCUUUGAUUAACUGGAAUACCCUAUAUGAACUUCCCCUCAUUAACUAUUUGGGAGCCCUGAGGUACAGCCCAUAAAAAAAAAAAAAAAUUAAAAAAAAGACAAGAUAAAUGCUGAAUGCUGAAUCCUUUUCUUCCUCCUCCUCCUCAUUAUUAUUUUAGGAUUCAAAUUAUAUUUAUUGAAUCAACGGAUUGAUUAUCUCAGAGACUCCCAAAAUUUCUCAGCUCUCUGUAACUUAAGGUGUCGGUGAAUUUUUCAUGGCCUCCUUAAGCCAAAGAAAUAGCUAUCAAUAUCAUUUACUAAUUAGUUAGGU